AUGAAGCUCGUUCUUCUGUUCGUUAUAUUUGGUGUAGUCGCGAGUGAUCUAUCAUUGGAAUGGAAUAAAUUCAAACGUGAUUAUAAUAAACAAUAUGCAACAACUGCUGAAGAAGCUCAACGUAGAAACGUAUUUACUGAAAAUGUUAAUCGAAUGCGUACCUAUCAAAAAACUCAUCCCGAUGCAUCGUUUACAAUGGCAAUAAGUCAUUUAACUGAUCGACGCAUUGAGGAACUUGUAUCGAGAUCCACGAGUUUUUCGAAACUUCGUCCAAUAUCGGUCGAAAAUUCGAUUCAAUUGAAAGUAAUACCGGAAUCACUUGAUUGGCGUACAAAAGGUGUCGUAACACCGGCACGCGAUGAAGGUCUCGUUGGAGAAAUUAUUACUGCCAUUGUUAGUACAGAACUCGCCGAGACACUUCAUGCCAUUAAUACCAAGAAUCUUAUUCGAGGCAGUGUUGGACGUACAUUCGAUUGUUGUCCACAACCAAUUGAUGCUUUUGAUUGUAUAAAGAAUAUGAGUGGAAUUUGUCGUGAGACAGAUUAUCCAACAGCUCUUGGAACUUGUGAGACAAACAAAUGCAAACCAUUCUCAACUUUUGAUAAAAUCAACAGAUUAACACCGGGUGAUGAAGAAACAAUGUUGAGUUGGAUUCAAGAUUCUACUCUUUGGGCGGAAUUGGAUGCUAUGGGAGGGGCCUUUCCAGAUUACAAAGGAGGUAUCUAUGAUGAUAACCGAUGUUCAAAAGAUACACCGGAUCAUGUGCUUCAAAUUGUUGGCUACGGCACGGAAGAGGGUAAACCAUAUUGGAUCUGCAAAAAUAGCUGGGGACUCAACUGGGGUGAAAGUGGUUAUAUUCGUAUUGCACGUGGAAAGAAUACAUGCGGUAUUGCACAAGUGGUCGUACAAGUAGCAGAUACAAAGAAAAGUAGUGCUACAUUAUUAAAUACCCUUGGCUCAAUAUUCACGAUUCUGAAUGCACUGAUCAUUUAUCGCAAGAGCAUCAUCGAUUACUAA